AUGUCCUCCGACGAACUCCUUCAUAUAAAUAAGGAAGAGGAUAUUUUGGAAAACUCCUACGAAGCUCUACCGGAGCAUUGCAAGCGAUAUUGGCGAAAACGAUACCAAUUAUGGUCCAAGUUCGACCAAGGCGUCUUGUUCACGCCAGAGUUGUGGUACUCAGUCACCCCAGAGAGAGUAGCCAAGUUUACUGCUAAGUUAGCUAAAACGUUGGCUCCAAGAGCUAAAGCAGCCUUGGAUGUCUGCUGUGGUGGCGGUGGUAACACGAUUCAGUUUGCAAGGUACUUUGAGCAUCUGGUGGGCGUUGACAUUAGUAGCACGAAUGUGGCAUGCUGUGAACACAAUGCUAGGAUUUAUGGCACACAUAAGAACACUCAUUUUAUCAAGGGCAACUGGAACGAGCUUCAGGAUUCGACUUCCUGGGUUCCAGAUGUUGUUGAGCUUCAAAACGGCAAGUUCGAUGUGGUCUUCAGUUCUCCUCCAUGGGGAGGCCCAGCUGUGAACAAGAAGAAGUUUUUCGAUCUCCACAGUAUGAGACCGUUCAAUCUUCGGGCGAUUGUGACGAGCAUGAAGAAGUUUUCAGAUAACAUCUUCUUGUUCAUCCCAAGGAACCUGGAUUUGGACCAAAUUCGUGAGGUGGUGAAAGAGCUCUAUGGCCCCAAUGGUCGGGCUCGUACAUUUCAAACAUUCGAAAAUGGCUGGCUAGUUGCAUUAUUGGUUGUCUUCGGGGACACUUGGAACGUGGACGUUCCAAAGGGUUCUCGGGUCGAUAAUCAUGACGCUGGAAUGCCCAAAGGCACCUUUACGCAACUCCUCCGCAUGAAAGGUUUACUGAUUGGCGGAAGCAAGGAAGUGCGGUGA